AUACAAAAAUCCAGAAACAAAUAGAGUAGUAGAAGAGAAGUUGAUUGAUGAUUCAUCAAAAGACUAACUAGUAUAAUAUGGUUAAGGUAUACUACUUGGUCUUGGGAAUUCUGGGGCUAAAAGAUCGUUUGCAUUCCCUAAUAACAGUUCCAGUUGCCACCUUCAUUGUUCUUAUAGUUUAUAUGACAGGCAAAAGUACAUGGCUCGUCUUCGAAGAUAUUCUUACGACCUCUACAGCUACAGCAAAGGGUUAUAGCGAAUCAGUAUCGUUGACGUCGAGUUGUGAUCUUUUUUCAGGUAAGUGGGUAUACGAUAACUCGACAUCAUAUCCUUUGUAUUCUGAGAAACAAUGCUCAUUCAUGUCAGACGAGUUGGCUUGUGAGAAGUUUGGAAGAAAGGAUUUAAGCUAUCAGAACUGGAGAUGGCAGCCCGACCAGUGCGACCUACCAAGGUUCAACGCCAAAGCAUUACUGGAGAGAUUGAGAGGGAAAAGGAUGGUUUAUGUUGGAGAUUCACUUAACAGAAAUCAAUGGGUUUCCAUGGUUUGUCUGGUGGAAUCUGUAAUCCCAUCAUCACUCAAGUCAGUGCAUAUCAACGGUUCUCUCAAAAUCUUUAGUGCCAUUGAAUAUAAUGCGACCAUUGAGUUUUAUUGGGCACCAUUGUUGGUUGAAUCUAACUCGGACAAUCCGCUGCUUCAUCGAUUACCAGAUCGAAUAGUGAGAGCCCAAGCGAUCGAAAAACACGCGAUUCAUUGGACGGAUGCUGACAUACUCGUCUUCAAUUCCUACCUUUGGUGGAGAAGACCCAAAAUGAAAGUCUUAUGGGGUUCUUUUGAACAUCCGGAUGAGGGAAUGUACAAAGACAUGGAAAUGCUGCGCAGCUAUGAAAUGGCUCUGAAAACAUGGUCUGACUGGCUUGAAAUUCAUGUCAACCACACCAAGACCGAGCUGUUUUUUGUCAGCAUGUCACCUACACACACCUGGGCAGACGAAUGGAGCACUGCCAAAGAAGGCAACUGUUACAACGAAACCGAGCCAAUUUCCCAGAAACAUUACAAGGGUAGAGGAUCAGAUCCUAAUAUGAUGAACGUCGUUGAACAAGCACUUGACGAGUUGAAAGUCAGAGGUGUUAAUAUAAAAAUACUUAAGGUAACACAACUGUCAGAAUACAGAAAGGAAGGCCAUCCUUCUAUUCAUAGAAAACAGUGGGUUCCUUUAACUCAAGAACAAACAUUAAACCCUGCUAGUUAUUCUGAUUGUACUCAUUGGUGUCUGCCAGGAGUUCCCGAUACUUGGAAUGAGCUUCUUUAUGCUUACAUUUUUUCCUAAUGAAUAUAGUUUUGUGAAAAAUGUUGUAAAUGCAAGACUAUUUUCUUGAUAAGAAGCAACAAAAGAAGUAAUUGAAGAGUUGUAAAAAUUACACUAAUCUUGAAUAUCACUUUUGUAUUUGUCAUUUCAAA